ACCAGCCUCAUCAGGAAGUGCUGUGACAGGGCUUUUCGUUUUUGCUUUUUGUUCUGAAUUCAGAUCUGCUUUGCUAAGGCAUGGAGGCGGAGUAUGUUUCAAAGGCUGAAGACAGAGCUGAGGAUCAAGGUUCCAAAAAUGAAGGCCAGCCCGAUGUUGCUCAGCGUGACUUCCCACAUGGAGGGCAGCCCCCUGGCCCCACUGCUCUCUGGGAGAUGCUAGAAAGGAAGUUUCUGGAAUACCAGCAGUUGGCUCACAGGAGCCCGGCUGAACGUCAGAAGAGCCUGUUGAGUCUUCUCCCACUCUUCCUAAAGGCAUGGGAGCACUCCGUGGGGAUCAUCUGCUUUCCCAGUCUCCAAAGGCUGGCAGAAGAUGUUUCCAAUCAGUUUGCUGAAGAAAUACAGAAGGCGCUUCUGGGAAAGCCUGCAGAGCAAGCACGGGCAGCAGCCGGGCAGCUGCUACGGUGGAAGGGAGAUGCGGACCAGGAUGGCUACCUGCUCCUGAAGUCGGUGUAUGUGCUUACGGGGACAGAUUCGGAGACGCUGGGCAGAGUUGCUGAAUCUGGGCUCCCAGCCCUGCUCCUACAGUGCCUCUACCUCUUCUUUGUCUUUCCUCUGGAAGAGGAGGAGCUUUUUGACAGUGAUCUUCAAGUUCAGAGGAUGUUUGUGCAGAUGUUGCUCAACAUUUGCAGCGAGUCUCAGGGGCUGGAGGGACUUCUCUUGGGAAAUGAGCUCCAGUCUCUCGUGAUCGCCACGACCUGUCUUCGGGAGCACACCUGCCGCAUUUGGAAGGAGCCCACCUUCUGCGUGCUGAGGGCAAUCUCCAGGGCCCAGAACCUCAGCACCAUCCAGUACCUGCAGGCCAUGGACUGUGUCAAGAUCUCCCUCCAGAACCUCUCCAGGCUUGCAGACACCCUCCCCGCCCCCGAGGUGAGCGAGGCUGUGAGCCUCGUCUUGGGCUUUGUGAAGGACUCCUACCCGCUCUCCUCGGCUCUGCUCCUGGAGUUUGAGAAUGGGGAGGGCUACCCUCUGCUACUCAAAGUGUUACUUCGGUAUGACGGGCUGACCCAGAACGAAGUGGACCCCCACCUGGAGGAGCUCAUCGGGCUGGUGGUGUGGCUGACAAGCUGUGGGAGGUCAGAGCUGAAGGUGUUUGAUAGCGUCACUUACCCUCAGCUGGAAGGCUUCAAGUUCCAUCACGAGUCUUCUGGGGUGACUGUGAAGAAUCUUCAGGCCUUCCAAGUCCUGCAGAAUGUUUUCCACAAAGCCAGUGAUGCCGUCCUUUGCAUGAAAGUCCUGUCGGCCAUCAGAACCAUGUGGACCUGGAAUGCUCGCAACUUCUUCCUGCUGGAGUGGACGCUGCAGCCCAUCUCGCAGUUUGUGGAGAUUGUGCCACUCAAGCCAGCCCCGGUGCAGAGGCACUUCUUCCAGCUGCUGGAGGCCCUGGUGUUCGAGCUGCAUUACGUGCCCCAUGAGAUCCUACGAAAGGUGCAGUGCCUGAUCAAGGAGAGCCCCGAGCCACCGUGUACCCUUGUGGCUCUGCAGAGUGUCCUCAGAAUUGCCGGCGUGGACCCACUCUUCACCGACAUCUUCCGGGACUCGGGGCUCCUGGGCCUGCUGCUGGCCCAGCUGCGGAAGAGGGCCAAGAUCCUGAGGAAGUCAGGAAAUAAGGAGUCCAAUCCUGGAGUUCAGGAUCCGGAAAGAGAACUGACCUGUGUGAUGCUGAGAACCGUGGUCACGCUUCUGAAAGGCUCAGUGAGGAAUGCAGUUGUCCUGAAAGACCACGGCAUGGUGCCCUUCAUCAAGAUCUUCCUGGACGACGAGUGGUACCGGGGAGCCUCCCUCAGCAUCUUGGAGCAGCUGUCAGUCAUCAACGCUGAGGAGUACAUGAGCAUCAUCGUGGGCGCCCUGUGCUCAUCCACUCAAGGAGAACUGCAGCUGAAGCUGGAUCUCCUGAAGUCUCUCCUCCGGAUCCUGGAGACCCCCAAAGGCCGUGCUGCCUUCAGAGUGUCCAGUGGGUUCAAUGGGCUGCUGUCCCUGCUCUCCGACCUGGAGGGGUCUCUCCAGGAGCCUCCGCUGCAGACAUGGGGGGCAGUGUCCCCCAGCCAAACCCUGGACCUGGUCCUGCACACCCUCUGUGCCUUGUCUGCGGCUCUGCACCUGGACCCUGUCAAUGGUGACUUCUUCAAGAGGAACGGGCUCUUUGAGAAGCUGGCUGAGGACCUCUGCUUUCUGGGCUGUUUUGGGGCCCCGGAGGAGGAGGAAGCCCCUCUGCACUCCUGGGCGGACACAAAGGCCAGGCCAUUUACUGAUUUGCUGAGUGCGGCCUUCUCCUCCACCAGCCCGUUCCCACCCGAGAUACAGAGCUGCCUCCAGAUCCUCAGCUUUCUGGACAGCAUGGCCAGCGGCACCCUCCACCUACGCAGGGACCUGAAGGAGUCCCCGAGGGCCCGGAAGGACCCAGUUGUGGAUGCCCGGAAGGGAGAAGCCGGCAGUGACCCCCAAGGCAACUUCAAGCAGUGGCCAGAGCUGGAGGAGAGGAUAGAUGAAGGUGAUGCUGUGAUCAUGCACCCCGGGGUCCUGUGCAUCAUGGUGAGGCUGCUGCCUCGGUUGUACCAUGAAGAUCACCCCCAGCUUUCCGAGGAGAUCCAGUGCUCCCUGGCCAGUCACAUCCAGUCCCUGGUGAAAUCGGAGAAGAACCGUCAGGUCAUGUGCGAGGCGGGGAUGCUCAGGACCCUCAUGACCUCCUGCCACAAGGCCCUGACCACGGGCAGCAGCCCCUUGCACUCAGGCCUCAUCAGGAUUUUUGAAAAGCUGGCCUCCCAAGCCAUCGAACCAGACGUGUUAAGACAGUUUCUGGGUCUUGGAAUCCCCCCACCUCCAACAGCUGCAAAGAAAAUCCUCGAUUCAUCUCGUGGGCAAGGAGGGGACUCCGGAUGCUCAGGGUCACAGGCAGCGGCACCAGCGACUGCUGAGGGUCCUGUGGGGGCCAUCCCGGAUGCCGGCCCAUGCCCAGCAGGCACACAGGCUCCCAGGCCCUCAGGGCCACCCCAGGGCUCCACCACCGCCCUUCAGACAACAUUGAGCCUCAUCUCCAUGACCUCCCCACGCAGCCUGCAGCCACAGAGGGCGGUCCUGGCUCCAUCGUUUGUGGAAUUUGACAUGUCCGCGGAAGGUUAUGGCUGUUUGUUUAUUCCGACCCUGUCUACGGUGAUGGGAACCAGCACCGAGUACUCGGUCUCCGGAGGGAUUGGGACAGGUGCUGCCAGGUCCUUCCCUCCACCCGGAGGCCUGACCUUCUCCUGCUGGUUCCUGAUCGGCAGGCACGGCACGGUCAUCGAGGGCCACCCACUGCGCUUCCUAACCCUGGUGCGCCAUCUGGCCAGGACCGAGCAGCCCUUUGUCUGCUUCUCCAUCAGCCUCUGCCCGGACGACCUCUCCUUGGUUGUGUCUACAGAAGAGAAAGAGUUUCAACCCCUGGAUGUCAUGGAACCUGAGGACGACUCUGAGCCUUCUGCAGGACGCCAGCUUCGGGUCAGAUGUGGCCAGCUGCUGGCUUGCGGUCAGUGGCAUCACCUGGCUGUGGUUGUCACCAAGGAAAUGAAAAGGAAUUGCACCGUUUCCACCUAUCUGGACGGACAGGUCAUUGGCUCAGCCAAGAUGUUGUACAUUCAGGCCUUACCGGGACCUUUCCUUUCAAUGGAUCCAUCUUCAUUUGUGGAUGUUUAUGGAUAUAUUGCUACCCCUCGAAUUUGGAAACAAAAGUCAUCAUUAAUAUGGCGUCUUGGCCCUGCAUAUCUCUUCGAAGAAACCAUUUCAAUGGAAACUCUGGAAGUUAUUGACAAACUUGGCCCAAGAUACUGUGGUAACUUCCAAGCGGUGCAUGCCCAAGGAGAGGACCCUGGUGUGGAAGCCACGCCCCUGGUUGCCGAGGAGAGUCUUUCCUGCGGCCUCCACAUGGCCAGCUCCUCCACCACCACCGUUGCAGACAUCAGGAACGACUACAACGAGGUCGACAGCCGCCUGAUUGCCAAAGAGAUGAACGUUUCAUCCCGUGACAAUACCACGCCCGUGUUCUUGCUGAGAAAUUGUGCCGGCCACCUCUCGGGUUCUCUUCGAACCAUUGGAGCUGUGGCUGUGGGCCCGUUAGGGGUAAGGGUGUUCCACUCCAGCCCUGCUGCCAGCAGCCUGGACUUCAUUGGUGGGCCCGCCAUCCUCCUGGGUCUCAUUUCCUUAGCAACGGAUGACCACACCAUGUACGCGGCUGUGAAAGUCCUGCACUUGGUCCUGACCAGCAAUGUCAUGUGUGACCGCCUGAUGCAGCACAUCUGUGGGUACCAGAUAAUGGCGUUUCUGCUGAGGAAAAAGACUUGUCUCCUGAACCAUCGCAUUUUUCAGCUGAUCCUCUCCAUUGCUGGCACUGCAGAACUGGGCUUCGGGUCAUCUGCCAUCACCAACGUUGGCAUCUUCCAGCACAUCCUCUGCAACUUUGAGCUCUGGAUGAACACUGCAGACAACCUGGAGCUUUCCCUCUUUUCCCAUCUUAUGGAAAUCCUUCGAUCACCAAGGGAAGGAGCCCGGAAUGCUGAAGUUGCUCACCAGGCAAGGCUUAUACCCAAGCUCGUCUUCCUCUUCAAUGAGCCGGGCCUCACCCCCUCCAAUAUCCCCACCAUCAUUGCCAUCCUGGGCUGUCAGCUGAGGGGCCACUUCAGCAUCCAAGACUUGCUCAGAAUUGGGCUGUUUGUUGUGUACACCCUCAAGCCUUCAUCGGUGAAUGAGAGGCAGAUCUGCGCGGAUGGAGCCCUGGACCCCUCUAUGCCUGCUGGAAGCCAAACAUCUGGAAAGACAAUCUGGCUCAGAAACCAGUUGCUGGAGAUGCUGCUCAGUGUAAUAUCUUCCUCCCAACUUCAUCUGUCCUCUGAGACAAAGGAAGACAUGUUUCUAAGCUUGGGCCCGGACUGGUUCCUGCUCCUGGUGCAGGGCCACCUGCACCCCAGCACCACCGUGCUGGCACUGAAGCUGCUGCUGCACUUCUUGUCAAGUUCCUCCCUCCGUGGGCAAUUUAGAGAUGGCCUGUCUGUGGGAUCCUGGGUGGAGCGCAGCUCCGAGGGCGUGGACAUUAUGAUGGAUAACCUGAAGAGCCACCCUGCCCUGCCUGAGCAGAGCCGCUGCCUGCUUCCUGGGUUCCGUGUCUUGAAUGACUUCCUGGCCCACCAUGUGCAUAUCCCGGAAGUCUACCUCAUCGUGUCCACCUUCUUCCUACAGACGCCACUUACGGAGCUGGUGGAUGGGCCCAAGGACAGCCUGGAUACCAUGCUUCAGUGGCUCCUGCAGAGGCACCGCAGGGAAGAAGUCCUCCGGGCUGGGCUGUGCACUGAAGGUGCCCUACUGCUCCUGGAAAUGCUGAAAGCCACCAUGAGCCAGCCUUUGACAGGUUCUGGAGACGAUGCCUGGGAACGGACUUUCCCGGCCAGCGUGCUGCAGUUCCUUGGCCUCGUGCACAGCACCUACCCCCAGGACCCGGCCUGGCGGGCCCCUGAGUUCCUCCAGACUUUGGCUGCAGUCACCUUCCCACUGGGAACCCACAAGGAGGCCGUGACUGAGUCUUCCCAGAAUGACAGCAGUCCCAGGGCUGCGGCUGAAGGCGACAGCACUGCCGAAGAUCCGCAGGAUCCUGCUAUGUCACAUCCCACCCGGAAGCAGCUGAGGGAGUUCAUGCAGCGACUCUUGAGGGAGCUCUUGCUUGCGGCUCCCAGCCCCAAGCAGUGGCUGCCACUGGAGGUGCUCCUGGAGGCUUCUCCAGACAACACCACCAGCCAGCAGAAGCGAGACUUCCAGUCUGAGGUCCUGCUCUCCACCAUGGAAAUAUUUCGCGUGAUGAGUGGAGUCAAUGCACCGAUGCUCAGAGGCAGUAAAGAGCCUCAGCCAAACACAGAAGCUGCUGCUGCUCCUUCACUCACAAACAUCUCCCACUUCACCCAGAAGCUGGUGGAGAAGCUGUAUAGCGGGAUGUUCUCAGCAGACCCCAGACACAUCCUUCUCUUCAUCACGGAGCACAUCAUGAUGGUCGUCGAGAAUGCGUCUUCUCAGAGGGACACCGUCAUCAGUGCUUUAUACAGCAGUUUAAAUAAAGUCAUUCUUUACUGCCUCUCCAAGCCCCAGCAGUCCCUCUCCGAAUGCCUCAGCCUUCUCAGCAUCCUCGGCUUUCUACAGGAGCACUGGGACAUCAUCUUUGCCACCUAUAACUCCAAUGUCAGCUUCCUCUUGUGUCUCAUGCAUUGUCUUUUGCUGCUCAGUGUGAGAAGUUAUCCAGAAGGAUUUGGAUUGGAACCGAAGCCUAGAAUGACUCCUUAUCAUCAAGUCUUUCUUUCUCCAAAUGAAGAAGCGGGAGAAAAAGGAGGGGAAGACUUCCCAAGUCUAAGUGAUGUCCAGUACAACAUCCAAAAGACGGUGCGGACUCUCUGGCAGCAGCUUGUGGCACAGAGGCGGCAGGAACUGGAGGACACCUUCAAGAUUGAUCUCUCUGUGAAACCCGCAGAGAGCAAAGUGAAGAUUGAAGAGGUCACCCCACUCUGGGAGGAGACGAUGCUCAAGGCCUGGCAGCAUUACUUAGCAUCUGAGAAGAAGUUGCUGGCCAGUCGCUCGAAUGUCGGACACCACAGCAAAGUCACUUCAUGGAGUGAAAGCUUGUCCUCAGCCAUGAAGCUGAUGCCUGGACGGCAGGCCAAGGACCCUGAGUGUAAGGCAGAGGAUUUUGUGUCAUGUAUUGAGAACUACAGAAGAAAAGGACAGGAGCUAUAUGCAUCUUUAUACAAAGAUCAUGUACAGAGGCGGAAAUGUGGCGACAUCAAGGCAGCCAGCGCCUGGGCCAGGAUCCAGGAGCAGCUUUUUGGGGAGCUGGGCUUGUGGGGCCAGACAGCAGAAGCCACGCCCUGCUUCCAGUGGGAACUGGACUGGAGAGAAGGACCCGCUCGCAUGAGGAAACGCAUCAGACGCUUGUCUCCGCUGAAGGCACUGAGUGCAGAAGAGCUCAAGGAGAGCCAAGACAGAAGUGGUGACAGUUCUCAAACAAAUGCUGAAAACCAAGGUGAACUGACACCAAAGGAAGCUGAGAGCAAGGCCGACGAGGUGGCGGUGGACUGCACCCAGCUGACAUUCUUCCCUGCCUUACACGAAAGUCUGCACUCCGAGGAUUUCUUGGAGCUGUGUCGGGAAAGACAAGUUAUUUUACAAGAGCUUCUUGAUCAUGAAAAGGUGACACAGAAGUACUCCCUGGUGAUCGUGCAGGGCCACCUGGUCUCUGAAGGGGUCCUACUCUUUGGCCUCCAGCACUUCUACAUCUGCGAGAACUUCACACUCUCUCCCGUGGGCGAUGUCUACUGCACCCGUCACUGCUUAUCCAACAUCAGCGAUCCGUUCAUUUUCAACAUGUGCAGCAAAGACAGGUCCUCCGACCACUACUCAUGCCAGCGCCACAGCUACGGCGACCUCAGGGAGCUCCGGCAGGCACGCUUCCUCCUGCAGGACAUCGCCCUGGAGAUCUUUUUCCAUAAUGGAUAUUCCAAGUUUCUUGUCUUCCACAACAGUGAUCGGACUAAGGCCUUCAAAAGCUUCUGCUGUUUCCAGCCCAGUUUGAAGGGGAAGGGCGCCGCGGAGGAACCCCUCACUCUAAGGAGAUACCCUGGAUCCGACAGGACCAUGCUGCAGAGGUGGCAGAAAAGGGACAUCAGCAAUUUUGAGUACCUCAUGCACCUCAACACCCUGGCCGGGAGGACCUACAACGACUACAUGCAGUAUCCAGUGUUUCCCUGGGUCCUGGCCGACUACACCUCACAGACGUUGAACUUGGUGAAUCCCAAGACUUUCCGAGAUCUUUCGAAGCCCAUGGGUGCCCAGACCAAGGAAAGGAAGCUGAAAUUUAUCCAGAGGUUUAAAGAAGUUGAGAAGACUGAAGGAGACCUGACUGUCCAGUGCCACUAUUGCACUCACUACUCCUCGGCCAUCAUUGUCGCCUCCUACCUGGUCCGGAUGCCACCCUUCACCCAGGCUUUCUACUCUCUGCAGGGUGGGAGCUUCGAUGUGGCAGAUAGAAUGUUCCACAGCAUGAAGAAUGCAUGGGAGUCAGCCUCCAGAGAGAACAUGAGUGACGUCAGGGAGCUAACCCCGGAGUUCUUCUACCUGCCUGAGUUCCUAACCAACUGCAACGCGGUGGAGUUCGGCUGCAUGCAGGAUGGGACAGUGCUGGGGGACGUGCAACUCCCUCCCUGGGCUGAUGGGGACCCUCGGAAAUUCAUCAGCCUACACAGACAGGCUUUGGAAAGUGAUUUUGUCAGUGCCAACCUUCACCACUGGAUAGACCUCAUUUUUGGGUACAAGCAGCAGGGGUCAGCCGCAGUCGAUGCUGUUAAUACCUUCCACCCCUACUUCUACGGUGACAAAAUGGACCUCAGCAGCAUCAGUGACCCCCUGAUCAGGAACACCAUCCUGGGGUUCGUCAGCAACUUUGGACAGGUGCCCAAACAGCUCUUUACGAAACCGCACCCGGCCAGGACUGCCGGAGGGAAGCCUUCACCUGGGAAGGAUGUCUCCACACCUGUGAGCCUGCCUGGCCACUCGCAGCCCUUUUUCUACAGCCUGCAGUCACUGAAGCCCUCCCAGGUCACAGUCAAAGAUAUGUACCUUUUCUCUCUAGGCUCAGAAUCUCCCAAAGGAGCCAUCGGCCACAUCGUCCCUACCGAGAAGAGCAUCCUGGCCGUGGAGAAGAACAAGGUGCUGCUGCCCCCUCUCUGGAACAGGACCUUCAGCUGGGGCUUCGACGACCUCAGCUGCUGCCUCGGGAACUAUGGCUCUGACAAGAUCCUGAUAACGUUUGAGAACCUGGCCCCCUGGGGCCACUGUCUGUGCGCUGUGUGCCCAUCCCCCACGAUGAUCGUCACCUCCGGGGCCAGCGCCGUGGUGUGUGUGUGGGAGCUCAGCAUGGCCAAAGGCCGCCCAAGAGGCCUGCACCUCAAGCAGGCCUUGUAUGGACACACACAGGCUGUCACAUGCCUGGCAGCAUCAGUCACCUUCAGCCUCCUGGUGAGUGGCUCCCAAGACUGCACGUGCAUCCUGUGGGACCUGGACAACCUCAACCAUGUGGCCCGCCUGCCUGCCCACCGGGAGAGCAUAUCCGCCAUUGCCAUCAGUGAUGUCUCGGGCACCAUUGUCUCCUGUGCGGGAGCCCACUUGUCCCUAUGGAACAUCAACGGGCAAUCCCUGGCCAGCAUCACCACAGCCUGGGGCCCAGAAGGAGCCAUAACCUGCUGCUGCGUGACGGAGGGGCCAGCGUGGGACACAAGUCAUGUUAUCAUCACUGGGAGUCAAGACGGCAUGGUCCGGAUUUGGAAGACUGAGGAAGUGAAGAUGUCUGUCCCUGGGCAGGCAGUGCCAGAGGAGCCCUCAGCUCAGCCUCCAGGCCUGAGAGGGCACAGGUGGGAGAAGAACCUUGCCCUGUGCAGAGAGCUGGAUGUCAGCGUGGCUUUGACAGGGAAGCCCAGCAAGACCAGCCCUGCGGUGACAGCUCUGGCCGUGUCCAGAAACCAGACCAAACUCCUGGUCGGCGAUGAGAAGGGGAGGAUAUUCUGCUGGUCUGCAGAAGGAUAGGAAGAAAGAGACAGUGGAGGCUCUGGCAUAGCAGUGUGUGCCCUGAGGGCCAGGAGCGCGGGGCAGAAUGUGGGCUGAGGCAGUGCCUGGGCGUGAAGGAAA